CUUGACUGGAAGCUGCGACAAGAUUCUUUAUCUGCCUGCUCGCCUGCUUCCCGAUAGCGAACCAUAGCGAGUGGGCUGAGUAUGUUUGUCUUAUCUGUUGUUCCAAUUUGCCCCCUGCACAUCAUUCAUCAAAUUGACUUCGGCUUCUCAGAGGCUGCAAGCCGACCUCACUAGGUUCCACGACCUCGACGGACAAGUCUUAUAUCAAUCUUCCGUCGCCCGCCCAAUUUUAUACGUGGUGUUUUUCUUCGCGUCUUCUUCCCCUUCACCCUAUCUUUUUGCGCGUACACCCACCCUUCUCCAUCGAGGUCAUUCACGAUGGACGACCACAGCAAUGCACCUGCAUACGAGACAUCCAGUUCCAAGGAGAAGCAUCUCGAGCCCACUGGCGACUGGGCCUCUCCUGACGUCGACCAUGGCGCCGAAACCGAUCUGCACCGCUCGUUGUCGACGCGGCACCUGACCAUGAUUGCGCUUGGCUCCUCCAUCGGAAUGGGAUUAUGGCUUGGAAGUGGAACUUCUCUAAGCAAUGCUGGCCCAGCAGCGCUUCUGAUUGGCUAUCUCCUCAGCUGUACGAUGAUUUGGGCCGUCAGUCAUUCGAUUGGAGAGAUGGCAGUCAUGUAUCCAUUGCCGUCGGCGUUCACGCAGUGGACGUCGAUCUUCAUUGACCGGUCAAUGGCCUUUUCCCUUGGCUGGGCAUACUGGUUCUCUUACUGGAUCACAAUCGCCAACGAGCUGCAGGGCGUUGUUACCGUGCUUAGCUUCUGGACGACCAAAGUACCUACAGCGGCCUGGAUCACUAUUUUCUGGAUUGUAAUUAUCGCCGUCAACGUUGUUGCCGUGAGAUUCUUCGGGGAGGUCGAAGUUACAGCCUCUACUAUCAAGUUUGGCUGGAUCUUUGUGGUGAUUAUCUCGUGCAUCGUCAUUUCGGCUGGUGGCGCUCCUGCUGAGGGUCCGAUCGGGUUCCGGUACUGGAACUCCUCGCCGUUCAUCAACGGUUUCAAAGGAUUCUUGUCCAUUAUGCCUACGUGUAUCUUUGCAAUGAGUGGUUCAGAAAACGCUGCUUUGGUCGCUGCUGAGACUGAUAAUCCACGCAAGGCUGUCCCCCGAGCUGUCGGGUCCAUCUGGGUCCGCUUGUCUCUGUUCUACGUUCUGGGCUCCUUGAUGAUCACCAUCACCGUCUCUCCGUACAACAAGGACCUCUUCGGUGGGGACGGCGUCAAUGCUUCACCCUUUGUUAUAGCCUUCCGCAACGCUGGACUGGAACCUCUAGCUCAUAUCAUGAACGCGGUGAUCUUCAUAUCAGUUUUGUCGACCGGCAGUAUCUCGGCCUAUGGUGGCUCGCGUACUUUGAUGGGCUUGACACACCUGAAUAUGGCUCCCAAGAUCUUCGGCAAGGCCGACAAGCAAGGCCGCCCGAUUGCAGGAAUGGCCAUAACCCUCCUCAUUGGAGGCGGUCUCGCUUACCUCAACGUCUCUAACUCUGGCGCCAACGUCUUCACCUGGUUCUCAAACCUGACUUCCCUCUUCACCCUGUUUGGCUGGGGCACGAUAUGUCUGUCGCACCUCCGCAUGCGCUACGCCUGGAAGGUCCAGGGUCGAUCGGUAGAGGAUCUCCCCUGGAAGUCGUGGACAUACCCCUACGGCGCCAUCUGGGGUCUUGUUUGGUGCAUCAUCCUCAUCAUCGCGGAAUUCUACCUGAGUGUAUGGCCUCUCGGAGAAAGCCCCAGCGCGAAGAACUUCUUCGCCAACUACGUCUCUGUCGUGGCUAUCGUGGUCCUGUACCUGGCGGCGCGAUGCUACUACCGCGGGCCGUGGUGGGUGGAUGCUCGCACGAUUGACCUCGACGCCCCGAGACGGUUCUACGUGGAUGGGCACGAUGUCGAGACCAAGACAGAGCGGAAGGGGCCGACGAAGUAUCUUCGUAAGGCAGUGGAUGCCGUGUUUGAUUAA